UGGUAUCGAUUUUUCGUACACCGAAGCGACUCACGUACACAUGUUGCCGCCUUCGCUCGCCGGUCUUGUGCUCAAAAUCCAAGUGCAAAUCAAAGGCAAACCAUGCUUCUCGUCAGUCAGUGCGCGAAUAAGUGACCGAAGUCGACGCUAGCCGAAAAUUUUCCCUUCUGAGUGAGUGCUUGUGCAGUGGAAAAUUGCACCAUUUCCUGCUCCAGAAAGACGGUCUUUCAUCCGGUGAAACUACGCAGCAGUUUGAUUAAUUUCAGGCGACAAGAUAUUCGUGAACGAAUUUUAAUUGGUGGACACGCCUGAGGUGCUUGUGAAGAUCAUUGGCAUUGAUCGUUUCGAAGAUGACUGAACCACUAUCUGAGUUGACGCCGGCCAAACGGUGAUCGUGUGCAGAAAGCUUGGGACAUCAUCGCCAGCGAGUGGCCAGUUCAGAAGACAGUUUGCAGUCCGAGAAUAAGAUCACUUCCCUUUGGGAGCCAGUGCGAUACAACGGCAAAGUGGCUAAGACAGUACAGCGUGGCUCCUUUACUUCGCCACGGCCCGAGGAGCGAGGUGGAACAAGGAUGAACCUCUUUUGCGGUUGGACCGACCGUCGGUCUAUCAGCGAAGAAGGUGAAUGGGACGCUUUGGAAAUUUCGGCCGCCUCACUGCGGAGAGAAAACUUCACUUUCGACGUGGCAUUCACGUCCUGUUUGCGCCGCGCCAACCAAACCCUCGAAGUCGUACUCCGAGAGCUGAAUCUCACCCACAUCCCGGUCCAUCAGCUGUGGCGUCUGAACGAACGCCACUACGGUGCCCUGACCGGCUUCAACAAACGUCAGAUGGCCGACAUCUACGGUGAGCCGCAGGUCCAGGUAUGGCGCCGUAGCUUCAACGUACCGCCACCACCGAUCGAAGCGGACAAUCCGUACUACAGUGCCAUCCGGAACAAUCCCAAGUUUCGGCACAUCGGUGAAUCGGACUUCCCGUUGACGGAAACUCUGGAAACAACCAUGCAGCGAGUUGUCCCGGAAUGGACGGAUACCAUUAUUCCGGAGGUGCGCGCUGGCAAGAAGGUCCUGGUGGUGGCCCAUGGAACCAGUCUGCGAGGGUUAGUCAAGCACAUUCAAGAUAUUUCAGAUGCCGACAUUAUGAAAUUCAACCUACCGAACAGUAUUCCGUUCAUCUUCGACUUCGACGAGAACAUGAAGAUGGUGGGCGGGAUCCGUUUUCUGGCGAACCAGGACGAUGUCCUCAAGGCGAUGGAGAAGGUUGCCUCGAUCGGGAAGUAGGACCAGCGGACGCAUCUUCAAACAAAAAAAAACUCAGACAGGGAGAGGCAGAGCGCGAGUGAGAGAGAGAGACAGAGACUGUGUCUUUUGGGAUGGUGGAUUGAAUGCAAGCGCAACGGGAACUCGACCUACCUCAUUUUUGUAUCGCUGCAUGGAAAAUGGUCCGAAUUUUGAUUGAUGCUAACUGGAAGCUAGCGUGGAAUAGGUAAUAGAAAUGAUCGUAAUUAGUGCCCUUAAACGGUGUGUAAAUCAUUCAUCGGAAACACCUUGAUUAACUUAUUUUCAAGUUAUUGAAAUACUGAACCCAUGCAUGCUUUGUUAAGUUUGAUUCUGAAGUGGGUUAGAGUUUAAUUUAUGUAUAGGAAUCUACGUAUAUUAUUUCCAUAUUUAUUAUUAUUACUAUUAGAGCUUUCUUCAAAUAAAGUUUAGUAAAUCAGAACGCUUC